AUGACAAACAAAACCGUCGGUUGUUUAUGAAAGCCAGUGUAGUGUAUAAAUUCUGAGACCAGCGCUAUUUAAAAUGGCUAACUACGAAGUACCAAAGCGAGAUUCCGACGACCCUAACUACCUAUAUGGACAAUGGUUAUCCAAUCCUGCCCCCGGAGACGAAGUGGUUAUUUCGGGCAUGUCGGGGCGUCUUCCCGAGUCAAACAAUCUCCAAAUCUUUAAGAACAACUUAUUCAACAAAAUUGAAAUGGUUAGUGACGAUUUGAGACGAUGGAACGUUCGGCAUCCAGAGAUCCCUAAAAGAACAGCCAAAAUUCCCGACGUCGAUCGAUAUGAUGCUGGAUAUUUUGGGGUACAUCAUCGUCAAGCCGAUAUCAUGGAUCCCAUGAUGAGAGUCCUCAUGGAAACUGCAAUAGAAGCUAUUAUGGAUGCAGGAAUAAAUCCGGUAGAACUGGAAGGAACCAGAACUGGAGUGUUCAUUAGUACUUCGUGGUCGGACAUGGAAGUCGACACUUACGUUAAUGUAACUCAACAACAAAGUUUUGCCAUAACGGGAUACCUUCGAUCUUUAAUAUCUAGAAGAAUCAGCUACUACUUGAAGGUGAAAAGUCCCGUUUUCAACUCAGAUACUGCUUGCAGUAGUUCUUUCAAUGCCCUUGACGCCGCUUUCAAAGCCAUUAGAAGCGGACAAUGUGACUACGCUUUGGUGGGCGGCACCAAUUUGUUACUCCAUCCUGGCAUUUCUCUCCAAUUUUUUCGCUUAGGUGUGUUAAGCAGCGACGGUAAAUGUAAAGUUUUCGAUCAAGAUGCCAGUGGUUACGUUCGAAGUGAAACUAUCGCUUGCGUAUUUCUGCAAAAGGCUAAAAACUCUAGACGGAUUUACGCAAAAAUUAUCAACACUAAAGUGAAUGGUGAUGGUUUUAAAGACCAAGGAAUUACGUUUCCUUCGACGUUAGCCCAGCUCAAACUUAUGACGGAAAUCUACGAAGACAGCAACGUCCACCCUUCUGAUUUGAGCUUUUUGGAGGCACAUGGCACUGGUACUCAGGUGGGUGAUCCGCAGGAAGUGGAAGCCAUAGAUUCGGCGUUGGCUCGGAAAAGACAAAAGCAGCUUCUGGUGGGUUCGGUGAAGUCGAGUAUUGGUCACACUGAACCAGCGUCUGGUAUUUGUUCUCUCAUCAAAGUACUGUUUGCUAUGGAAACAGGGUACAUCACGCCUAAUAUUAACUUGAAACGUGUUAAAAAGGGAAUGAAGGGAUUCGAAGAAGGAAGGAUGAAAGUAGUAACCGAAGCUACUGAACUAGAAGGUGAAGAAGCCAUAGUUGGAAUAAAUAAUUUUGGUUUUGGUGGCAACAAUGGACAUGCGAUUGUGCAGAGAUUUGGGAAAGGAAAAACGAAUUAUGGUUUACCUGAUGACGAUAUUCCCAGACUGGUGUGUGUAAGUGGACGUUCUGAGACAGCCGUCCAAAACAUGCUAGAGAAUUUAAGUCUGGAUUGCGAACAUGUGGCACUGUUCCACCAAAUUUUUAAAAACAAUAUCCGCAACCACCUUUACAGAGGUUACACGAUUUUAUCCAAAAGUGGUUCCAUAGCAACUUCGUCGAAAUUCUGGAAUUCUCGGAUCUCACCACUGUAUCUAGUUUUUGGCGAGAUUAUUGACAGUUUCGCGCUACUCGGGUCAUAUUUUAUGGGAUUUCCAGUUUUUAGGGACACAAUUUCAAGGAUCAACAAAAUACUGUCACAAGAAAAAAUGAAAACAUUUGAAGAGAUUUUAGAGCGUCGUACGAAAAAGGAAGAAAUUUGGGGCUCAAUUUGUUUACAGAUUGGUAUAAUAGACAUUAUAAAGAGUUUGGAAUUACAUCCGACAGCAGUUUAUGGCAGUUAUCACGGAAGACUUGUGAAUGCAUACUAUUAUCAAGUUACUAAUUUACAAGAAACAGUUUCAGCAGCUUUAGAAGUCAGCAGUUCAACUAAUCCAGAUGUUUACUUUGAAACUAUGUUAAAGAGCAUCAGUAAAACACGACGCAAAAAUUUAAAAGGUGACUCGUUUGAUUACAAUAAUUUUACCAAGCUACCGAAAAAUUCUUUCGUUUUGAACGUAUCGGACUCGCAUUUGAACAACAUAGAUGUUCUUUUGGUAGAAGGGAACAGGGUUAAUUUUCUUAAUAUUCUGGGAAGAUUGUACGAAAAGGGCCACAUUCCUCAAUUGCACAGGCUAUACCCUCCAACUGAAUUUCCAGUCAGCAGAAACACCCCCAUGAUCUCACCUUUAGUACAAUGGGACCACAGAAAAAGCUGGUAUAUCUACAAAUUUAGUGAGUUCAGAGCAACCGAUAGUGAACAAAUGGAGUAUAACAUUUCAUUUUUGGAGAAUGAGUAUAAAUACAUAGCUGGACAUAUUAUUGACGGCCGCAACUUUAUCCCCGCUGCUGAAUACUUAUAUCUUGUUUGGCACACUUUCGCCCAAAGUAGACGACUACUAACAAACGAUCUGGCAGUAGUUUUUGAAGACUGUAAAUUCAAGAGGGCCAUCAUAAUGCCUAAAAGCGGUUUUUUGAAACUUCUCGUGAUGAUCCAAAGAGGUAGUGGAAAUUUCGAAAUUUUUGAAAAAAAUUCUGUUGUUGUUACUGGACGCAUUCGAGCUGUUGAAGAUGUGACUACACACUGGGUAGAUCUUAAACCACACACUUGGGACGAUACAGAUUCUACCCAGAUUUUAGAACAGGAUGAAGUUUACAGAGAAUUAACCUUGCGCGGUUACAACUACAGUGGUCUCUUUAAAGGUAUUCAGAAAUGUAACAGUGAGGCUUCUGUUGGUUUCCUUAAGUGGACAGAGAACUGGGGCACCUUUAUAGAUACCAUGCUUCAAAUGAGAAUCCUCCGGGAAGACACUAGAUUACUAUAUGUUCCUGUUGGUAUCAAAAAAAUUGUUAUAGACCCUGAACAACAUCUACGAGGCGUUACUAAGCUAGAAGCAGAAGAACCUAUUCUACCUGUGUACGUUCAUAAGGACUGCGACAUAGUCACCUCAGGCGGUAUUCAAGUUUCUGGACUGCAAGCUAAAUCUAUUUUCAAAAAGAAACCCAAACUGGAGCCUGUUUUAGAAAAGCACAUCUUCGUUUCUAACUCUUCCGUUUUGGAUGUGGCUACAGCCAUCCGAGUUAACGUUCAAAUCAUUUUGGAGAACAGCUUAGAAACUCACUUUAAAGCUGUAGAAAUCGUUGACGAGUUCACAGAUUCGUGUUCAGAGUAUUUACUCAAAUUUGUGUGUGAUGCUUUGGACGACAUUCCGGUGAUUUCUCCUGAUCUUACUAUCCCUUCUAAAAUUCCUUUGGAAGAUAUUCCGGGUGUAAAAGUGGAAGAUAUUACUCUCACGCAUCAAAGUAAGAUCCUCCUCAUUAUUGGUACCAAGCUUCUACAACGACCAAAUCUAAAACAACUUUUGACUUCUCUCCAGAAAAACGGGUUUGUUUUGACGAGAGAAGAACUCAGCAGUGCACCAGAACUUGACGAAAACUUGGAAAUCGUCACAGAAUACACUACAUCUAACGAAAAAUUAAUCUUGUUAAAGAAAAAUGAAAAUUUUGUCGAGACGACAUUCAUUCCUGUUUGUUCAAACGACCUAAACUGGUUGCCUGAAGUCCAAAAAUCUUUGAAAGAUGGUUCCAAUAUAGUAGUCUACUCUGUAGACGAACAACCUGAAGGUGUAUUAGGGCUAAUAAAUUGCAUCAGACGCGAACCAAAUGGACACAAGCUCAAGUGUUUCUUUUUAAUGGACGAAGCUCCAAAGUUUGACCCAAACAGUGAAUUUUAUCAGGACCAAGUCAGAAAAAAUUUGGCUGUAAACAUAUACAAAAAUAAGAAUUGGGGUACUUAUCGACAUCUACGGUUAGAACAAACACCUGAAGUUGAAUGUCAAUAUUGUUACGCCAAUGUGAUGAACAUAGGAGACAUUUCCAGUUUCAAAUGGCUCGAAGGUACCUUAAGAGAAGAAACGCCUUUACCAAAAGACAAAAUUUUGAUCAAAACUUAUUAUUCAGCGGUCAAUUUCAAAGACAUUAUGGCAGCCCUAGGACGCGUCAGUUUGGAAACUUUGACAACCGAUCGAUUGAAACAAGAUUGUGUGUUAGGUUUUGAGUUCUCUGGACGAGAUUUAAGUGGACGUCGACUAAUGGGUAUAGUGGGCACCGGAGCAUUGUCUACUUACCUUGCAGCCGACUGUACUUUCCUAUGGGAAGUACCUGAUGCGUGGAGUCUCGAAGAAGCAGCUACAAUUCCUGUUGUCUAUUGUACAGUUUUGUAUGCUCUUCUAGUGGUCCACAAAUUGAAACCUGGCAACUCGAUUCUUAUACACUCCGCAACUGGUGGUAUUGGACUAGCAGCUCUAAAUAUUUGCACUCACUAUAAAUGUGAUAUCUAUGUAACAGUUGGCACUGAAGAUAAAAAAACGUAUUUGAGGAAACACUACCCACAUAUUCCAAGUAAUCACAUCGGCAAUUCACAUGAUACGUCUUUCGAAGAUAUGAUUAAAACAGAAACAGAAGGACAGGGAGUCGAUAUUGUGUUGAAUUCUCUCAGUGACGAUAAGCUUAAAGCUUCCAUUCGAUGUUUAGCACGUGGUGGCCGGUUUAUGGAAAUCGGAAAGUUUGAUUUGUCUAAUAAUACCUCUCUUCAGCUUUUGGUCAUGGAAAAACAGGCACACUUUUCUGGAAUAAUGUUAGAUCAAGUUUUCCUAAGUUCUAGAGAGAAUAAGGAGAAGAUUGCUAAAGCUCUGAACGAUGGUCUCACGACAGGAUUUAUUAAACCUCUACCUAGGGUGGUAUUUCAGCCUACAGAAGUAGAAAAGUCUUACAGAUUUAUGAUGACCGGUAAACACAUAGGAAAGGUCUUAGUGAAGAUUCGAGAUGAGGAAAAAGACAGAUCCGUUGUUCCCGAAACAACGAAAUUUCUGGUUACUCCAAGAUUUGGCUGCGACGUAAGAUACUGUUACAUUAUUAUUGGUGGUUUAGGCGGAAUUGGCAUGGAGUUGUGUGACUGGUUAAUUAUGAGAGGAGCUACCAAAGUGGUUCUAGUUUCAAGAUCGGGAGUACGAACCGGGUACCAAACGCAAAGACUAGGAAUUUGGAAGUCCUACGGGGUCGACGUUCGCAUUUCCACUGCAGAUGUUACCAACCACCAAGGCUGCACAGAUUUAAUAAACGAAUCAUCUAAAAUGGGACCUAUAGAUGCUAUUUUCAAUUUAGGAGUCGAACUCAAAGACGGACUUCUAGAAACCCAGACGAAAAAAACUUUCCUCGCCUCUUUAGCGCCUAAAGCGCAAGCCACAAUGCAUUUAGACCAAGCUACAAGAAACUUAUGUCCAACUUUAAGAUAUUUUGUAGUAUUUUCUUCAGUUUCCUGUGGACGAGGAAAUGCCGGUCAAAGUAACUACGGCAUGGCUAACUCCAUUAUGGAGAGGAUUUGCGAAAAGCGAAAACGGGACGGUUUUCCAGCCCUUGCUAUUCAGUGGGGAGCAAUUGGAGAGGUUGGCUUGGUUGCCAAACUUCAAAAGGAAAACAAAGAACUUGUGAUCGGUGGCACAUUACAACAAAAAAUAUCGAGUUGUUUCAAAGUUUUAGACACGUUUUUGAGGCAAGAUAACGCCGUCGUUGCGAGUAUGGUGGUAGCUGAGAAAUUUAAUAGAAGUUAUGGUAGUGACAGUGUUGUCGAAACAGUUGCCCACAUUCUGGGUUUAAAAGACAUCAAAACCGUAAGUCCACACGCGACGUUGGCUGAGCUUGGAAUGGAUUCUAUGAUGGGUACCGAAAUAGUACAAAUUUUAGAGAAAGAUUUUGAAAUUUAUCUAACAGCGCAAGAUAUGAGGAGUAUAACAUUUGCAAAGUUGAUUACGUUUGAUACAGAAAGAAGUAGUCAAAAUAAAGUCAGUGAGAAAACAGAACAAGGAGCAAAUAUGCUUCUGAGACACAUCCCUGAGAGGCGAACUAGCCAGUCGCUUCUUCUAAAGUUACCUAGUGCGGUAAAGGUUAACGAAGAAGCUCCCACAGUAUUUUUCUUCCCGGGUAUUGAAGGAGUGUUACAACCUAUGGAAGCAUUGUCACAAAAAUUGAAAGCUCAUGUGCAAGGAGUACAAUACAGCUACUAUAAUCCUGAAGAAACGAUUCAAGAAAUUUCAAAGAACGUUGUCUCGAAUAUCGAACAAUAUUUAUCCAAAAAUGUUCCCUUUUGCUUGAUUGGUUAUUCAUUUGGGACAGCUGUUAGUUUAGAAGUAACCCAUAUACUAGAGGAAAAGGGUUAUCUUGGUACAGUCCUUGCAAUAGAAGGGUCUCCUGCUUAUUUAAUUUCUUCAGCAAGAGAUUACUUUUCUGCAAAUAAUGAAGAAGAAUUUCAAACUGUUCUAUUGUACAAAAUCUUAACUCUUCUGGUUCCCUUCGAAUCACUUAUACCCCAUAAGGAAAAACUUCUAAAAUGUGAAAACUUUGACGACAGAAUUAAUCUUGCUUUAACCCUGAUACCCACGGAUGAAGCUACAAAGCAAAAAUUGGAUCGACAAGGUGCCUUCACGUUAUACGCGCGUUUCAAAGCAAUAUUAAAUUAUAGAGGCAUUAAUAAGAAACUUAAGUCUAAAGUACACUUAUUCAAAGCCAGGUAUCCACUGAUGAAAGAACAAGAAGAUUACCAAUUAUCGCAGUUGUGCGAAAAACCAGUAUCUGUAACUACAGUGGAAGGUGAUCACGCAACCAUUAUUAAGCAACCGGAGCUUGCUGAAAAUAUUAACAAACUUAUAUUUAAGUGAUUCAAGUAUGAUUAUUACGAUUUGUCUGUAAACGUGUUUGUUUCGUGAAAGAAAGACAUACUUAAA